AUGUUCCCAUCGCUCAUUGUUCUUUCUGUUUUGGCAAUUACUGUGCUAGCUGCUCCAGCAACUAAACCAAUAGCGGAAGAAUCUCGUGCGGAACUUCUCUCAUUCGGUAUUUCCCCACAAGCAGCCGAUGGAUUAAUUCGAAUAGGAACAGAAGCUAAGCAAUCAGCAGUGAAACCAGAUGGAGCCACUCAAAGUCCAUUGGAAGUAAUUGGUGCAACUUUCAAGUUGUUGGCGGACAUGGAUGCAUUCAUGAAGACUCAAUCACCAGAAGAUCAAGCGGCUGCCAAGAAAAUGUUUGAGACGAAGAAGGCGGAGGAUGAUGCAAAAUGGCGGGAAUUCAUGCAAAAUGGAGGAAAAUAA